CUCAUCUAAUCUGAUCCGAUAAAGGCCGCCUCUCCCACUCAUCCGCGGCACAUUCGUACACAGUCAUUGCCCUUAUAUCAACCCCUCCGCACUCCUGCAGUGCUUCUAUAGCUGCAGGUAACUACUUUUGAUGAUAAGCAACACGGAGAACUAGAUUGUAACAAGAAAAUGGCCUCACCGUACUCCACAAUGAGCACUCCGUCAUCAACAAGCUCGACAGCAAACCUGGCGCCUGCUCCGCCAACUCUUGCUAUCAAACCUGUCUCUCUGGCGCCCAAUGCAAUGGGAAGUCCUAUGAACAGCUGUGACAGUCCUGUGUCGUUGGGACCGAGAAGAGAAUGGGUCAUCCCCCCACGACCAAAGCCGGGAAGGAAGCCCGCAACAGAUACCCCACCAACGAAGCGGAAGGCGCAGAACCGAGCUGCGCAGCGAGCUUUUAGAGAGAGGAGGGCGGCAAGAGUUGGUGAACUCGAGGAACAACUGAAGGAGACCGAGGAAGAAAGGCUCAAGCGAGAAGCACAAACGAAAGCUGAGCUGGACGAGGCCAGAAGUCAUGUUUCAAAGCUAGAAGCAGACAUGCAAAGGGUGCUCAAUGAAGUUAUUGAGUGGAAGCAGAAAUAUCACAGAGCAGAAGAUCUAUUAGAAGCGGAACGAGCAGAGAAGGCAGCUCUUAAUACCGAGUUAAUUUAUUUACGGAAGGGAGCACGAGCAAUUGGAACAGAUGCUGUUGUUCUACCCCCGAGACGAAACAGGUCUCAUCUCAAACCAGAGUCAGCUCAACUUCACAACCCAGCUCCAGCAGCGAAUUCAGAUCCUCUUGGAUGUGGUAACUGCACAGCUACCAGUGGAUGUGCCUGUGUUGAGAAGGUCAUGGCAAUGGCUACGUCAACAUGUGGACGAUGUUCUAUUGAUAGUCAUUGCGAAUGUUUGGAGGAAACAUUGAAAGGCCCCGAUAGUGCCAUGGAGGUUGAAGUGAAGCGGUCGCGCGACUCGUCACCUUUCACAAACAGCAAACGGACACGAAUGUCUAUUGAAGAUAAUACUCCACAAGAGAUUGAUUUCACCGCCAUGUUCUCUAGCAAACCUAUCUACACCCCAGAACCACCACCUCGAGACUAUGGAACAGCCAACACAGCAUCCCGCCCACCACCGGGAGAGUCAUGUGGCUUCUGUGACGAUAGCACGUACUGUGCAUGUGCUGAGGCUGCCGAAGUUGCAGCCCGCGAGCUAGAGCACGAGAACCGCCUUCCACCCCUAAUGAGCGAAGUUACUCCACCACCUUCAGACAGCGAUGUCAACGCUAUGGAGUCUUACAAGCUACCCUCGCUGUAUCCAAACCGCCAUAUCCAAUCUUUGGAACCACCGCCAAAAUCUUCAAGCAAUCCUUCUAAUUCAUGUGCCAACGGUCCCGGCACUUGCCAACAGUGCCAAGAUGACCCAAAAUCCGGGCUCUUCUGCCGCUCUCUGGCCGCCAUCCGUGCCGCCGACCCAUCGUUCUCUGGAUGCUGUGGCCAAGGUGGUCCUGGUGGAUGUUGUAAAGACACACCAUCCCAACCACCACCACGGCCAGAACCUCGCAAGGCUAGACCAGUGCUUCCGGGCCCAUCUCUCUCUUGUGCAGAGACCUAUAAGACGCUCGCUAGCCACCGCAACUUUGAGGCGGCAAGCGAUGAGAUUAGUAAAUGGCUGCCAAAAUUAGCAACUGCCCCGCCACGGUAUCCCGGACGCGAGGCGACAGAUAUUGAUGCAGCAAGUGUGAUGAGCGUUAUCAAGUAUUUCGACGUAAGGUUUGGACGAGAAUAGAGAGAUGUUACACGACUGAUGCCGCAAGGCGCAUACCCCGGAUGUGAGAAUUAAGUGAUAAGGGUUUCAGGGUCUGGGAAAUAGGAUUGGUUGGUUCUGUACUAUAAUUACCCUAACGGAUUUGGAGCCUCAUGUUUCAAUUGUUUCAUUGAAUUACUGGUGUCGCCUAAAAAGUCUGAGAAGGGAUCAUGGAUUGGAGCACUGUAUAUAGCAACUUUUGCCAAGUAAAUGCGUUAGGAGUCACAUAUAAAUGAACGUAACGAUACAAAUUAUAUUACUUUCAAUUGUUA